AUGAACAGUUCUUCCCCUUCCCCUCCUGAUAGCAUAAAAAUCUGGCGCACUUGGGCCCUGACUGUGACUUAUGAAGCAGGGGAAUAUACCGAACAGAAAUUCAAGGCAGAGAAGACUGGAGGAGGCCCAGUCAUACCUUCCCCCAACCUAGACACUGAUCUGGUGAUGGUGUGCGAUCACUUGGCUGAUGUACUCAUAAAGGCAUAUAAAAAUCCCAUUCAGAUGCAGAUGGAUAUUGCAAGAUAUAGCAAAUUGAUCUCCCCAAAGGACACUGGGCAUAAUGAACAUAGAGAGGCAAGGUUGCUUGAGAGGUGUCCUCCUGGCCAUGAAGGCAAAAGGUUGGUCGACGAACCUGCCACAAUUGUCGAUGCAUCCGGUGCCAUCAUUGCAUGGUACCUCCCAGACGCCCUGACCGACACCACCCAGAAGGAAAUCAGGGAGGCCACCGAUUUGCUUGCUCCAAGCCUCGAAAAAAGUGUAAGGGCUGAUGGCAAUUGGCAAACUAAUCAAACAUUGUUCAACCGGAGCUCGGAAGAUGGACAUGAGAAUGUGUCAGAUCCGGAGGUAUCUGCAUCAUUGAAGGGACCUUCCUGCGAGAAUAUCCUCAAAGCCAUUGCAAGGCCAGCAGCCAUCACGUCAGCGGCACUCAGAGUCAUGCAUCCUGAGCAGUACUGGGCAGGGUUGAGAACCUUGUCAAACCUUGGAAAUAUAGCAGUAAGCAAGGAUCUGCCACAGAUGCCGGAGGCCCUGCAGUACUGGGCAUCCGUGUUUAACACCCUCUCCAUCAUUUCCAAUCGGGAAACUCCCCAUCAUCAAGACCACAUGUCCAUUGCUGAAUGCUUCAACAUUCUCACCACCAUGGGGAACUAUUCUAAUGCUUGGAUGACAAUGCCAAGCCUUCAGCUGGAGUUCAAGUACAAUUCCGGCUUUGCUGAGCUCCAGGUCUCUGAACCCCGACCUCCGAAAUUCAGGACUUGGGACCUGGGCGUCCGGGACUCGGAUGUGAGAUUUUUGAAUGCAUAG